AGCACUGUCCUCGCGCAACGAACGCGAGUCAGAGCAUCGGCGUCGGUGAUUCGUUGUGUGCGUACGUACGUGCCAUUUUUUUUUUAACGUGACUCACUGAACUACUACGACUAUUCGGUGAGCGAGGCUCAGUGAUAACGAUCGCGUGUACGUCGGGGCUGCUUGUACGUCGAUUUCAGUUUCUUCGGUUCUGCUCGAUUUUCCACCCCUGCAUCAUCGAUGGAUACGUCUGUCGGUUACCACGCUACCUCGGAGACAUCGGCGGCUGGAACGAAGAUGGUGUCAUCCAAUCAACCGAGAAAAACAAAAAUAUUUGUCGGCCGAUUGCCAGAAAAUUGUCGCAAUGAUGAAUUACGGCAAUUAUUCUUGCGUUUCGGUGAGGUAACCGAAUGCGACGUAAUGAAUCGAUAUGGCUUCGUUCACAUGGCACGGGAGGAGGAUGCAGCGGCGGCGAUUAAGGCACUUCACAAUUCCAACUUCAAGGGGGCGACGAUCAACGUGGAACAGUCGACCGGCAAAUCACGUGGGGGCGGAGGAGGACGCCGAGAUGACAGAAGAGGUGGACCAAUGAGAGGUGGUAGAGGGGGACGAGACGGUGGUAGAGACGCUCGUCCUGGACCAUACAAUGAUAGAAGAGUUCUUCCGAUCCAACUCGUUGGUUACGAUGGAUCUGCUGCAGGUGGCGUCGCGACUGGGUACACCGAUUACAAUCGCGGGGCUGGCGACUUUAGCGGCCGUGGAGCGGACUUCGGUGCCGGCUACGCCGACCGCGGGGCUUACGGUCAGAACGUGGGCGGCGCGGCGAUGGGUUACACCUCAACGGCGCCAGGUAUGGGUGGCGGAUACGGACCGGCUGCCGGCACCGUGGGAGGAUAUGGGCCGACCGGUGCGGCGGACUACGGACGAACGGCUGACUACGGUCGCGCCGAUUUCGGUGCUAGGACAGAUUAUGUUGGUGGCGGCAUGGCCGGAGAUUUCAAUCGUGGCGCACCUGGCCCAGUAGAUUACGGGCGUACUGAUAAUUUUGGUGCCAGUCGCACGGUCGAUUACACGGCUAGAAAUGAUUAUGACCGAAGUGCGGCUGGACCGAUGAGAAACGGUGGUGGCGCUGUUGCCACUACCGGGUAUGGAACUGGGUACACUGAUGUGGGAUAUGAUGAAAGCCAUUGGCCAAUGAGCACUGGACCUAACUACAGCACAGGGGCACCCAGUUAUAGCACUGGUCCAGGACCACAAGCUGAUAUGUUUAGCAGAAGACCUGGCAGUGCCGUGCCCAGUGGUGGAUAUCCACCAGUAGCUGGCGGUUAUGCCGAGGGAUAUGACAGACCAGAUGCAUAUGGUCCUCCCCGUGGCGGCGGACGCUUCCCAGGUCCGGCAGACGCGAUGCCACCGAGGUACUAAAAGUGUAGUAAACGCACUAGCGCAUGCGAAAGGCGACCGUAACGAAAAAAAAAAACAAAAAAAAAACAAAAACCGUAAAAAAAAAGACCACCGCCUUUUAGCAGCGAUCAUUCGCUUGUCGGACUCGAUUAUCUAGGAACUGCCCUCUGCGUUCGUCAUUGAGUCCACGAUAAUUAUAAUGAAACCUAUAUAAAACUUACAAUAGAACUUAAUAAUGUUUACUUGUACCGUAAAAUAUGGUAAGGCUAAAAGAAGAUUAUCAAUAGAUGAUAUAUAAAGAAAAAUUAAUUGAAUUUAAGCUCAGUUUUUUUUAAUAAUAUCGUGAAUAAGUUUAUAUAUAAAUUGAUUUAUUAUUGAUAAAUUUGCUAUGUUAGUAGCUUAUUGUAUGUUUGAAGAGAAUUUUCGGUAUUAUAUUAUUCAUGCAGUUUACGUUCAUAAUUUUUUUUCCUUAUUCCCUUUUUUUGUGAAGUAGAGAAAGCCCGGUGUUAUCUAGUGUGAGUUUAUAUUUGUGUGGGUAAUAUAUUUUUUUGACUUAAUUCUCAUAAUCACUACCCACAUUGUAGCGUAUAGAUAAUUCUGUUGUACUCUAUAGCAUUAAUUCUACAAAAGGUGACUUAUGACUACAAUAAUGAUGCUGUAUAAUCUUUUUUUUUAUACAUAAGAACUUGAAUAAUGUUUUCAAACAUUUAUUCAUAAAGCAGAGAAUAGAUAGCAGUUAUCACAAUGUACCUUUAUAUAAAAACAAAUAAAGUGCAAAUGUGAAUGCCCUGAAA